AUGACGAACUUGGAAAGACCAAAGGGAGACGUUUACGAGACCAAGACGGUGGGACGGCGCCAAUCUCCCGAUGCAACGCCCGUAGGGGAAGGCGUGUAUGUUCUUACGACCACGGGGCGCGAGAGCUACCUUUCGUACAUGGCAACUCUGCCCCAUGAACUGGGUGAGCUGCAACAUGCGCUGCGAUUCAACGACAAGGGAAGUUUCAUCAUCAGUAGUAAGAACCCGACGUACAAGGGGCCGUCGUUUGCACGGUUGCCAAAGGGACCAGAGUACCCUCCAUCGGUUCUUGACAAGUUUGGGGACUUGCGCUGGGUGGGAGCACAGCCUGAGUUUAUGGAUUAUCCCCGCGCGCAAAUCUUGCUGAUUGGACACAAGACUGGGCUUGGAAAGGAGGACAAGAAGGCUGAACAUGGAGAGGAUCCGGUUGAGACGUUGAGUCAGCUGGAAAAGGACGACCUCGACAGGAUGCAGCAUUUGUCGCCGGAUGAGUCGGAUGCAAUCUAUGCGGACUUGCAUAGCAGGAAGAUGGCGCAUCCGGAGAUUCAAAGCGACCUUGGCGGCUAG